AUGGGCCCCCAAGACAGUCUGCAGGGCCUGGACGUCCACGGUGCCUUCAGCGACACUGAUGGCGUGAUCACCACAACCAUGAACGACCUCCCGGGCUACCGCGUGACUCGGGUUCUGGGCGCCGUCUACGGACUCACCGUGCAAUCGCGCAACCUGGCCGCAGGACUAGGCAUGGUGCUCAAAUCCAUCGGUGGUGGGGAAUUGGGCAUGUUCACAACAAUGCUGUACCGCGCGCGCAACGAGGCCGUGUCCCGCAUGGUGGGCGAGUGUUUGCAGAAGGGCGGAAAUGCGAUUAUCGCGCUCCGAUUUGAUACGAGCGAUCUGGGAGGGUUUGCGCAGCGGGAUAGCGGCGGCCAGUUUUUGGGGAGCAUUUUCCAGAAUAGUUGCUGGCUCCGCAUUUGUCGUCUCAACUCUCAAGCCCGCGAUGCAUGCAGCCAGACAAUGACGUAA